AUGGAUAAAAUACAUACUGAGCCAGAGGAUGAUAUUGCCGUGGAUCCAACGGUCCAUGUCACAACCGUUUAUGGCGAUGACUGGCAAUCGGACACUACUUCGAUUGGCUCCUCGCUUUAUCGUGGACUAGAGGAGAAUGGCCGACGGUAUCAAACAUUGAGCCACAAAGAAUAUCUGGUCCCAUCGGAUGAGAAACAGUUUGAAACAUACGAAGCUGGCCACCUAGUAGCCCUCAUCAUGGACUCGGACCAGGACAACCCUCUUUUCCGAGCGCCUAUUGAAAAUCCCAAACAUAUCCUUGACCUUGGAACCGGUUCAGGUAACUGGGCUAUCGAUGUAGCCGACAUGUUCCCUGAAGCCAUUGUCCGCGGAGUCGAUCUCUUCCCACCACCAGUAAAAUGGGUCCCCCCAAACUGCAUUCUGGAAGUCGAUAACAUCGCCGAAGACUGGACCUGGAACGAACCCCAAGACCUAAUCCACAUGCGUAUCAUGAUCGGAUCCUUCGACGACAAAGAAUGGGAUCGUGUCUACCAGCAAUGCUACGACAACAUCCGCCCAGGCGGCUGGAUCGAACAACUAGAAGCAAGUCCCUACAUCGAAUGCGACGACGACAGUCUACCAUCAGACAACAUCCUCCGCACCUGGGGACCCACACUAGCCGCAUGUGGUGAACGAGCCGGACGUCCACUCGGAACAAUGGAUACAAUGAAAGAAGCCUUUCGCAAGGCUGGGUUCGUGGAUAUCUGUGAAAAGGAAUACAAGUGGCCUCUCGGUCCCUGGGCGCGUGAUCAGAAAUAUAAAGAGGCCGGCACUGUCAAUUACCAUCAUUGGAUGUCUGGUAUGGAGGGUUGGGCGAUGUGGUUGCUUUGUAAAUUCGGGGCUCCUAAGCCUUGGUCGCAGGAUGAGGUUAUUGUUUAUGUUGCGAAGUUGAGGAAUGAGCUUAAGAAUCCGAGGUAUCAUACUUAUGAGCGGGCGAGACGCGUGUGGGCGAGGAAGCCUUUCCCUGAGGAGAUUGCGGGCAGAGAUCGGGAUAAUGAGGGGGUUACUAUCAAAGUUGAAGAGUGA